AUGUUGUUGCUAUUGGUGCAGCAAGCCGCUUCCUGCUCAAAUGACGUUCGAAACAACUCGGCGGAGCGUACACCUUGCCCUAUUUCCAGCCCUGUAACACCCUACGUAUACCCUCUAUCUCUAGAAACGACACCCCCCAUACUCGCAGUGGUAAUAGGCAUAAACAAAUACACCUCCGACGAAUACCCUAAUCUAAACGGUGCUACAAACGACGCAGACGCUUUUGAGGAAUACCUUACCACCCGCCUAAACGUGCCCGCGCAAAACAUUUGCAGUUUGCGAGAUGAACAGGCGACUAGGAAGAACAUUAUAUCGUCUUUCAUCUGGCUGAGAGACAAUGCGGCGUAUCAGAGGGACGAAUGUGCAAUCAUCUUCUACUUCGCGGGACACGGCGCGCAAACCCAGAAACCUACAGAAUGGAACGAUUGGAUAACACCGACGGGCAUGAUAGAAAUGUUGUGCCCGAGCGACAUCGGAACUAUGACGGGCAGGAGCGGAGUAUUACACUUACAGCCAGCUCAGCAAUCCGCGGUUGCAGGAAUUCCUGAUCGAACUAUAUCUGUACUUCUCAGUCAAAUUGCGGAUGCCAAAGGGAAUAAUAUUACUGUAAUACUUGAUUGCUGCAGCUCAGCUGGGAUGUCCAGGAGCUCUAAAAAAGACCCAUAUACUAUCCGAGGUAUCACCAAUCCUCCUUCCAUCCAUGCCAGCGCGGAUGAAAGCUUAUUCUACUUCGGGACCAGGGGGGGACGAACGGCCAAGAAUGACGUUCAAUUGCAAAACUCGCAUUUGCAUGUGCUAUUAGCAGCUUGCGGACGAGAAAAUUUCGCUCUUGAGAAUCCAAGAACAAAACGAGGGCUAUUCACACAUCAUCUGUUGAAAAUUUUGAACAAAGAGGACAUCAGAAAUCUGACAUAUGUCUCUUUGAUGCACAGACUCAAAAUGCCGGAGAGACAAACUCCACAUUGUGAAGGAGAAGGUAUAAACCAACGGCUGUUCAAUAACUGGGUUAAUGGUGGUGACAAGUCCAUGAUAUUGACGCAUCGAAUCAAGGACAAAGAUGAAAUUAUUUUACAAGCAGGCUCGGCUCAAGGAAUUACCAAAGGCUCGCGCUUUGCUGCCUAUGCUACUAACUUGAUAGAGACUCCUCUUGUCAGAAACUCAAAUAUACAAAAAGGAGAAGGUGCCCGAAAUGGAGUGUGGAAUUAG